CGUUGGUAUUAAUUUUCUCAAAGAAAAAAAAAGUUGUGAAAUAGAAGUUUGAAUUCUGAAUAGCUUUUUGAGCUACUCUUACUUAUAAUAGAAAAUAUAGUUAUUGAUGAAGUUGGCGAACGGUUAGCUUCCCUCCAAACAAACCUUGUGAGAGUCUCUUAUAAUCAAAGCAAAGUUCAGUAGUCAGAUUCUUGGUCACCCUCUUGACUCUCUAACUUUACCUUCUUGACAUACCCUUCAUACCUUCUCUUCUUUCCCUUCAUAUAUAUACAUAUAUUUGCUUCAUAUUCAACAAACUUGAACCCUUGGUUUGUCACACAAGUUUGAUUAUUUAUUGGCAUGUUUUUGAGCUUGUGACAUAUCUUCUUUAUUGAGGUGCUAUUGAAUUAUUUCUCAUGUGCCUUGUAACAUAAGGACCUAAAGAAGACUUGAUAUGAGGAUAUGAUUAUAUGAAUAUAUAGAAGCAAAAGGGUCUCUUCAAAUUUUGAUAAAGUUGUAAACUUUAUUUUCAAUUUCAAAUUCAAGCAACAUGGUUUCAUUUUCAUCAAACUAUGCAAUAGGAGAAAAUAGCAUGGCUAGUAGUGUUCAAACCAUGCCUCAACCAACUACCUUAUCUCAAGAUCAACCUUCAUUUUUGACUAGAAUGGCUAUGAGAAUAUCAAGAUCAAGAUGUUUCAAUUUUUUGAGAAGAGUGUUUCAUUACCAAAAUGGACCAAGAUCUGAUCUUGGUUCUAACCCUUUUAAUUCUAGUACUUGGAUGAUGUGUGAGUUGAUUGCUUUGUUGAUUCAGAUAACAAGUUCAACAUUUACUUUGGCAAUUUCAAAGAGUGAGAAACCUGUUUGGCCUAUGAGGGUGUGGAUAGUUGGUUAUGAUAUUGGAUGUGUUCUUAAUUUGUUGUUACUUUAUGGAAGAUAUCAUCAAAUUAAUGGGACUAAUGGAGAUGCUCUUGGCCUUUCUGAUUUGGAACAGCAAACAAACAAUGAAGAAAACAGUGUAUACAGGAGCACACAUUUGAUGAGCAAAUGCAGAAGUUCACUAGAGCUUUUCUUUGCAAUAUGGUUUGUGAUGGGAAAUGUUUGGUCUUUUGACUCACGUUUUGGAACAUUACAACAAGCUCCAAAACUCCAAGUUCUCUGCAUCAUUCUUCUUGUUUGGAAUGCAAUUUGCUACUCUUUCCCUUUUCUACUGUUUUUGUUGCUUUGUUGUGUUGUGCCACUCAUUAGCACCCUCCUUGGUUACAACAUGAACAUUGGCUCCUCUUCUAAAGGUGCAUCUGAUGAUCAAAUCUCACAACUUCCAUCUUGGAGAUUUAAAGUGGCUCAUACCAAAGUAGAUGUUAACAAUGAUUCUCAAUGCAGUGAAAGAUUGAUCGCCGAUGAGCCGGAAUGUUGCAUAUGCUUGGCCAAAUACAAAGACAAAGAAGAAGUUAGGCAAUUACCUUGUUCCCAUAUGUUCCAUCUAAAAUGUGUUGAUCAAUGGCUAAGAAUUAUAUCAUGCUGCCCUCUUUGUAAACAAGGACUUCAAAGGUAGCAAUAAGAAAAGUCAACACAACAACCAACAUCAUUUAAUUAAUCUUAUAUGAUACAUCAUACAUGCAUAAUAUAUACUCCCAAAGAUUUUUCCCCACUUUGGUUACAUGAGUGAGUUUGUACAUGUACAGAAAUAGUUCACCGGUAACCAAAAUUUUACAUUAAAAUGCUUUCUUCUUUUCCAGUAAAAUUGAUGUACACUUUUUAUUUUCUUGUAAUUCAAUAUUGUGAGGUUGUCCAUUAAGUGUAUCCUUUAGUGUUAAGAUUGGCAUUGCAACCUUAAGGAAUAUAAUUCAAAUUCCUCCUGAUACAAUUAUAAAGCAGUUAUUCCUGUCAUUUUAGUUAA